AUGGCGCAAAUCCCAAUGACGCAGAAAGCAGCAUUGAUCCAGGACCCCGGUCCCAAUGGGCACAUCAUUCUCCAGGAUUCGGUUCCGGUGGAACGACCUGGCGAAAAUGAAGUUCUCGUAAAAUUGGAAUGCUCCGGAAUUUGCCAUUCCGACCUCCGUGGCCUGAUGGGCUGGGGCGCGAAUUCGGCCAUCCCGGGUCAUGAAGGUGUAGGUCGGGUUGUCGCACUCGGUCCGUCCGCACCAUCAACCCUUCUGGGCCAACGUGUCGGGGUAAGGUGGCUCAACAGCGCAUGUGGCGUCUGCUCCGUGUGUUCCUCAACGCCAUCAUUCCCAAACAACUGCCCUCGACAGCGAAACACGGGCCGAAAUGUCCCUGGUACACUGGAGCAGUAUGUUGUCGCAGAUGCGCGCUACGUGUCGCACAUACCGGACAGCCUGCUCAGCGAGGUCGCCGCUCCACUGUUGUGCGCGGGGCUCAGUAUGGCGGGAGCCAUCUCGCGGCUCGAGCCAGAACUUCGAAGAGGCGACUGGGUUGUCCUACCGGGAGCAGGAGGCGGGCUUGGCCACCUGGGUUUGCAGAUCGCCGCCCGGACGAAGGGGUACAGGGUCAUUGCGGUCGAUACUGGUGAGGCGAAGCGGAAGUUAUGCAUGAGCCUUGGCGCAACGGCAUUUGUGGACUUUCUGAAGGAAGAUGUAGAGAUGAAUGUGAAAGAGCUGACAGGAGGAGAAUGCGCACAUGGAAUUGUGGUGGUGCCGGGAGGGCAGAAGGCUUAUACGUUGGCGCCCAAGCUAAUCCGCAGUCGCGGGGUGAUCGUAUGCGUGGGUCUGCCUCGUGAGGAUUUCCACAUCCCCAUCUCGCCAAUUGAGUGCUGUGAUCGAGGUCUGGUGAUUAAAGGGUCGGCGACUGGAAACGAGGAACAAUUGCAGGAGUUAUUUCAAUUGGCGCUGUCGAAAACGGUGCUGCCACGGAUCGAGCUCGUCGACUUUAGUCAAACUGGUGAGAUAUUAGAGAAGCUGAAGAAAGAUGAGAUCUCCGGGCGAGUAGUAACCAUGAUCCCUCCCUGA